UUAAGUUAUUCCUAAGUUAAUCUAAUUUAGAAACGUCGUAACAUUUGUUCUAAAUUAAGUGAAUUUAUAUAAUUCUUGGAAACUUGGAAAUAAUAAGACUUAAAAACAGAUAUUAAUUAUAUACUAUUAUUGAUAGCUUAGAUAUCAGAAUGUCAUUUACCUAAAAUGAUAUAUACGCCGACGAAGUUGUCGGCAGUCGCUAGUAAGUAUAAUAAUAGGCAUGAUGACAAAUUUUGAGAAACUGUUCUAUAAUAUUUGGAAAUAUAUAUGAAUUAUAAUAAACAUAAUAUUUCUGCGGAAAAUUUAGGUUUAGUACUUAAAAAAUAAUUUUUGAUUCAUAAAUUUAAAAUUUGCACCAAAACGCGUCAAAGUGUCAUGGCGUCGCUUGCUUACGUCACUUUAGAGUACAAGGAACAUUCGGUAUAUGUAAACAUUAUCUAAUUCAUAUUUAAUUUGGACAUUUUACUAGUUUUUACAUUAAAAACAUGACUUCGAAAGCAUAUAGGUGGUGUUCCGUCCCUCUGUGUACUAAUACGUCCAUAAAAACUCCUGAGAAGUUAUUUAUUUUCGUUCCUUUCGAUAAGAAAUUAAGAAAGAAGUGGCUUGAACUUGCAAGACGUGAUUUGGAAGGAAUAUUACCCACUACACAGAUUUAUUUUUGUGAAGUUCACUUUGACUUACCAAAUGAUAUGGCAAACUACAUGGAGUAUCAUGUGAUGGGGUCAGUGUCGCAGAUUCGCAUGAAACCUGGGUGCGUUCCCUCAAAAUUUGAAUGCCAACCUGACAGAAGAAAACGAACUUCCGACUCAAACGAAAGGAAAUAUAGUGCGAAAAAGCAAAGAAGAGAAGUCAUUGCAGAAGUUGAGCAAGAAUUACAAAAUAAAACAACUACAACUUGUUCUGUUGCAACAGAACAGCUAGAACUUGAAGACCCAACCCCCGGAACAUCAGCCAUGCAGGAAAGUACUACAAAAGAUGCACCUAAGAUGGUAAAUAAAUCCAUUCAAGUGUAUAUAACAAAUAAGUUCAGAAGUAAAGCUGUUCAAACAGAAAUAAAAUCAGUAGAUCAGAUGACUUCACCAUCGAAACCCUUUUGUCGUUCUGCUUUUACUUCACCAUUUAAAAUCACAAGUACCAAGCAAUCCAUAUCCACCAUACAAAAAUGUUCCAAGAAAAUAGGAUUUCAGGCAGAUUCUGACAGUGAUAUUUCAUACACACCAUCUGUAGCACAUAGUGAAUCACCAUCAGUGACAUCUUUAAAAAUUAAAUCGUCUUCAGACUGCAGUGAAUUAAUUGAAGACGAUAAGAAACAAGAGGCAUCAAGAAUCUUGGCAUAUACAUUGCAGAAAAUAAAAAAGAACCCACGGUCUUACAUUGGAGUUCCUAACAGUUGUUACUACCUUAUAGAUUUAAUUGAAAAAAAGUUAAAUAUUCCCACACACCAUAUAAUAAUGUGCUUGAAAAAAAUUAAAUUAAAUAGUAGUUUCAGAGAGCUUUCUGAUGAUUUUCUAUAUCCGACAUAUGCCAGCAAGAUAUUUCUGAAAAAUAUACCACUAAUAGCUAGUUUGAUGCGACCUUUUCUUGUUGUCUUAGAUAAAGAUUCCAUAAGAAAAAAUUUGCCUAUGGCCUUUAGGCAUAAAUAUUACAAUGUAACUUGUAUUAUAGACUGCUUAGAAAUUGAGAUAGAAAAGCCUUCAAAAGCAGUGAACCAGGCUCUCUCCUGGUCAGAAUACAAAAAAGCUAAUACGAUAAAGUAUCUUGUGUCUUGUACUCCUAAUGGACUAAUCAAUUAUAUUUCUCCAGGAUAUGGAGGAAGAAUUACUGACACAUUGUUGGUCGAAUCUUGUGAUUUUAUAAAGUGUUUGCAACCAGGUAUGUGUGUGAUGGCUGACAGAGGUUUCAAACAUGUAGAACAAUAUUUAAGAAAACAGGGAGUGCACUUAGUACGACCUCCAAGUGUUGCAACUGGUACAAAGCUAUCAAAACAUGAGGCAAGGGAAACAAAACAAAUUGCAAGCUUAAGGAUUCAUGUGGAGAGAGUGAUUAGACGCUUACGUGAAUUCUGUAUGUUAAAGCCGCAUGCAUGUGUAAAUGUUAAUUUAGUCAAAUUGCCAGAUGAUGUUAUAACCAUUGCCUGUGGAUUGAUUAACUUACAAGAUUCUUUGAUCAAAUAAAUAUACAUGUUUGUUUGAUCAAAGAAUCUUGUAAGAUCAAAUCAAUCAGCUUGAUCAAGAAUAUAUGUCAGUUCAGUUUCAGAAUAAUGUUAGAUUCAGUUUCUGAAAUCCUGUUUGACUGUACAAUUUUGAGUGCAAGUUAUUGUAUUAUGCAGAUAAUUAAACAAAGAAUCAGUAUUAUUUCGAAGUUCAUUGUUACUUUGCUUAAACUCAUUUGUUUAAUAUGUUACAAUGUUUUUGUAAAGCGAUUUUUCUUUCUUUCUUGCUUUUCUUACAUAUAACAAUGACCUACUGUUUAUAUAUAUUUAUUUUGUUAAUCCAUACAUACUUACCAAUAUCCAAUAUUAAGUUUCAACCAGUUUAAGUACAGAAAUACAGAUAGCUUUAUUGUACUGUAAUUACUUGAUUAAAGUCACUACGGUUAUGUAUGGAAAUGACUAUAACUUAGCUCUGUACUAUUAUAAUAAUACUAGCUGACCCGGCAAACGUCGUUCCGCCCAGUAAUCAAUCCUACACCUACCCUACGGGAUAAAAAGUCUCCUAUGUCUUUCUCCUGGCUCUAAACUACUUCCCUGCCAAUUUUCAGCUAAAUCGGUUCAGCCGUUCUUGAGUUAUAAGUGGAGUAACUAAUAUGACUUUCUUUUAUAUAUAUAGAUAUUCAUAAACUUGUGUUAUGGGAUACUAACUAAACAAUAAUAUAUUUUAUAACAUAUACAUAUACUAGCUGACUCUGCCACACAUUUCUGUGGCUCAUUAUACCUAUAUGUUUAAUUUACAAUAAUAAAUACUGAAAACAUUAUCUUUUAAGUUAGUCCAUAUUACAAAUGGUAACAAAAAUUUAUCAAAAUCUGUUCAGUAGUUUAGGAGUCCAUCAUGGAUAAGCAAUGUGACAUGUAAGUUUUAUACAUACAAAGAUAGAUAAACACCCAAGACCCCGGUCAAUCUGAAAAAGAUCAUUUUCCAUCUUGACCUGGCCGGGGAUUGAACCCGGGUCACUCUGUGUAGUUGUGUACCACUGUACCACAGAGCUAGUCUAACAUAAAACAUUGAUAUAAGUGAAUGUAAAUGAAUAUUUAUAUAGUGUUGUAAAUUAGUAUGUAAUGUGUGAAGAUCAUCUGAGGUUUAUCCUACAAAUAAAAACAUUUUUACAUAAACUGGUUUUUAUUUAUAACAUUACACUUUUAUAUAACACUGGAUAUACAUUAUCCUUCCACAAAGGGACUAUUACCUUAAGAAAAUCUGAUACAUAUUUUUCAUCAUACAUAAUUUCCAUAUCUAUUUUCUUAUUGGCACUGUAGUUGCAGUCAGCUACACAGAAGUAGCCUUUUUUAUGUCCUGUUAGUAACAUUUGAAGUUGCAUUUGCACAUAAAACUUUUGGGUUGGCUUCCCAUUCUUUACAUAUACUUUAACUGUUUUUUGACUCAUAGGACACUUAAUUUCUAUUAUACUUUUUUCACAGAUCCCAUCAGGUGAACCCGCUAGCAUGGGAUAAUUUUUAGAUAAGAAUAACCCACAUUUUCUAAUUUUCUUUUCCAGGUUGGCACUUACAGUUUUCCUCACUUCAUCCUCCAAAAUUCUACCACGUUUCAUAGCUGUUGUGUCUGGAAUUUUUCCACCCAUUAUUACUGCCAUCAGAGUGCCGUCACUGGUUUUACACCUACUGAAUUCAUAUGCUCUUGAAGCGGUCACUCUGCCAUACCUUAAUUCAUACCAAAGCUUACUUUUAUGUUGCUCCCUUGUUUCUUCUUCUACAUUGUUGAUGUCAUCAUCAGAAAAUAUCACACUAUCCAAAAAUUUAUCACAACAGUUUUCUUUAUAUUUCAACACUAAAUUGUCCAUUGAUAGACUUAGAAGUCUAUCAAAAACAUAGUCCUUUUGGUAUUUCAUUAAUUCACAGUCGGUUAACCUUCUUCUCUUCCUUUCUUCUACAAACUUUUCGAAUACUUCGGUAUCAUAUGGUAAGCUAGGGCUACCCUUAGAUAAUUCCUUAGCAGUUAUGUAUUUAAGGGUACUCCCAACUCUAGAAAGUUUGGAUUUCCUCCAAUAGCAUUCUAUGGAUGUGCAAGAUGGAUCUUCACUUCUGCGAUGAACCCACAUUAAGAAUGCCAUGGCAUGUUUGCAGCCUCCUUGAGAAGCCACACAAUCAUGACAUUCUACUGACUUAACUGUUUCUUCUUGUUCGUCGACUACCAAAGACACUCCAUACAACUUGGCAUGCACUUUAUGUUCUGGGCAGAUUUUAGCUUUUAUUGUGCACAAAUUUCCUUCACGUUUGACCUGAACAUAGCUUAAAGCAUCAUCACCAUAAGAUGCCCUAGCAGACCUGAAAUAAUUAAAGCAAUGGUAAAUAUUUAAUUGCAAAAAGAAAUAUUUAACAUAAACAUAACCUCAAAUUGUAAUAUUGAAUGUUAUACUGAAAUAGGUACAAUAGCUAUGCUUUCAACGAAUUAUUUUUAUGGUUUAAAUAAUUAAUUAACUGUUUGAUACACAAUACUUACAUGGAAGUUUUAACAUUUCUAAAUUCUGCUGAACAAAAGUCUUUGUUUGAUGCCAGAAACGUUCCUAGCAUUAUCAAGUCGAUUCUUGGUAAAUUUGCGCUGGAAGCCUUUGUAAAUCCUUGUUCCAUGACUCAAUUUAGCGUAAUCAAUUUACACAAAAGAAAUUGAAGUUAAUAACAAAACAAUAACGGCGUAUUUAAUAAAAAAGCGAGCGAGUGUGUAUUAUCUUAAGUAAUUCAAAUGUAAACAAAGAGAAAGAACUCUAACGUGACGUCAUGCGCUCUGAUUGGCGUUCAACAUUUCAUGGCGGAUUGCCGUAUUUAGCGAUUUUAUUUUAUCGAUUAUUAUAUUCAUCUUGCUUUUAAUUAUGAAAAGAAUCAGAGUUUUAGAAUUAGGAAUUUUGUAAUAAUAUACACACAAAUAAUUUCAAUGAAAUUUACUUGUUGUCAUCAUGUCUAUUAUAUGCAGAUUUUUAUCUUUCAGUACACAGAUGCGGAUCUCAAUAUGUAGACGCUACUUAUGGUGGUGCCACACACGACAGUUUUAUCUUUGAUAAUAGUGAUAUAAAAAACCAUUUAGAAGAAUUGGUAGGUGCUGGUAAAACUGUAUAUUUACUUGGUGAGAUCAAAUAAAUAAAGUUGAUUCUAACUUCUGUCUAAUGAUAAAGAUUUGACCUAACCGGUUUUAAUGUUUGUUGUAGGAGAUCCAGGAUAUGCUCAACGGUCUUAUUUGAUGACUCCUAUUCCUAACGCUGUUGAGGGUACACCUGAAGAACAUUACAAUAAACUAUAAGCAACAACACGUAACACAGUCGAACGAACUAUUGGUAGACUUAAGGGACGUUUUAGAUGUUUGCUUGUGCACCACGGUUACCAUCCUGAUACAGCCGGAAAAAUAGUGAUAGCAUGUUGUGUCCUGCACAACAUUUACAAUAGAGCUGGUUUACCUGCACCGACUCUAGAUAGUCAUGAUGAGGAGGAAGAAGCAAAUUUUCGUGCAACUGCACGCGUCUCAGCGGGUCGUUGCCAUCGACCCACUCUCAGAGCGAGUUGGCAAUGGGUCAAUCAAGCAGAGAUAUGCUAGUAAAUCAGUUAUGGCGUUCUCUUAGGGAGUAAAUAUAUAUAUUUACUAUAACAAACAUUUUGUCACAAAACAAUAAAAAUAAAAGACCUUGUUUUUCUCAA